AUGUCUGAAUCUAUGGACAGUUCUAAGGUAUCUGAAAAUAGUAGCACUUCCUUAAAUUCUCAACCAGUUACUAAAGGAAAAAAGCCAUCAUGUAUAAUUGUUCUUGGAAUGGCUGGUUCUGGAAAAACUACAUUUGUAAAGCGACUUGUUUCAGUAUUACAUAGUGUAGGAAAACCAUAUGUUAUAAAUUUAGAUCCUGCAUGCAGAGAGGUUCCUUAUCCUGCUAAUAUAGAUAUAAGAGAUACUGUUAAUUACAAGGAAGUGAUGAAACAAUAUAGUUUAGGUCCCAACGGUGCUAUAGUUACUGCUAUGAAUUUAUUUUCUACAAAAUUCGAUCAGGUUAUAGAACUAAUUGACAAAGCAAGUACAGAACAUGAGUAUGUAAUUUUGGAUACUCCUGGACAAAUAGAAGUAUUUACAUGGUCCGCAAGUGGGACAAUUAUAACAGAAGCUUUAGCAUCACAAUUCCCAACAAUUAUAGUCUAUGUACUAGAUACUGUGAGAAGUGUUAAUCCUGUAACAUUUAUGUCGAACAUGCUGUAUGCAUGUUCUAUACUGUACAAAACUAAAUUACCAUUUAUCGUUGCCAUGAAUAAGAUUGACAUUGUGGAACAUAGUUAUGCAGUAGACUGGAUGCAUGACUUUGAAGCAUUUCAAGAAGCUUUGGAUGCAGAAACAAGCUAUAUUAGUAAUUUAACACGUAGUAUGGCUCUGACACUUGAUGAAUUUUAUAGCCAUUUACGUAGUUGUGGUGUUUCAGCUGCCACAGGUUCUGGUAUUACUAAAUUUUUAGAACUUGUUAAUGAUGCUGUUGGAGAAUAUGAAAGGGAAUAUAAAAAAGAUUGGGAACAAAUGAAGAUUAAACAAGACGCUCAAAGACGACAGACAGAAAAGGAACAACUGGACAAAGCAGCGCAGAAUAUUACAGGGGAAAGUUCAUCUUUUGUAACAACAAUCAGCAGUGGCAGAGAAAUAUCAGAUAUAUACUUAAAGCAUGCAGGGAAUGAAUCAAGUGAAGAUGAAGAAGGUACAGAAAACCCAUUCAAAGAAGAAGAGGACGAAGAUGAAAAGGAAGAAGCAGAGUCGUUUAAGAACUUUUUGGACAGGCAUAAAAUGGAACAAAAUAAACGUACAUCUGCUCAACCUGCUACAAGUAGAGAUACGUAA